UCUCCGUCUCGUCCAGUGUCUCGAAGCCGAGAACAGAGCACCAUCGAGCGGUCCGUCUGGCUGGCAACCGAGGAGCUCCCACGGCAGUCAUGGCGGCGCCGUUAGCCCACUUCGACGAGGACUGGCAGGAUUUCAACGAGUUCAAGCCGGCCUCGGCGUCGGCCGACCAGCUGGACCAGCUCAACUCCAACGUGGGCGAUCCGUCGUCGGGCCUAGACGAUUUCUCAGACCUGGACAACAGUUUCUCCGGGGAGAUCUGCAGCUUCAAAUCCAUGGAGGACCUCGUCCACGACUUCGACGAGAAGCUGACAGUGUGUUUCCGAAACUACAACACCACGACGGAGAACAUUGCCCCCAUUAAACCCAUCACAGAGGACAACUACUUGAAAGACGACGAGGUCUGGAACGCUCUGACAGAUAAUUAUGGCAACGUGAUGGCUGUGGACUGGAAGACAUCGCACACUCGCUCCCUACACCUGCCCACCCUCAACAUCACAGAGCACGAGAAGUUGGAUAACCAGUCUCUGGAUCUGUCUGACGAUGAGGAGCUCAGGGAGCAGAUGGAUAUGCACUCGAUCAUCGUGUCCUGCAUCAACGAUGAGCCGCUCUUCACAGCCGAGCAGGUGAUAGAGGAGAUAGAGGAGAUGAUGCAGGAGUCUCCAGACCCAGAGGACGACGAGAGCCCCUCACAGUCUGACCUGUCCAUGCUCUCUCAGGACCUCCACACCCUGAAACGCUCCGGCUCCAACACCAGCUACGAGGACCGACUGCGUCAGCUGUCUGUGUCCGAGCUGACCGAGACUCUGGAGGAAGUGGAAACGGCAAUUCGCCGCUACAGUGAAGAGCUGAUCCAGGCUCUGGCCCUGCGAGACGAACUGGACUAUGAGAAGGAGGUGAAGAACAGCUUCAUCUCGCUGUUGAUCGAUGUGCAGAACAGACAGAAGGAGCACCGCGAGCUGCUGAGGAAGAAGAAGAAGAUCAGAAGUACGACGACAACCGGGCCUAAUGGCCAGAGGACAGCCAGCACGCACAUACCAGGCACGCUCCUCACUCUGGAGGGACUCUCCAAUGUCAUUCAAAAUGGCCUCCGUCAAACUUUUGGCAACACUGGAGGGGACAAACAGUACUUGACCACAGUAAUCCCAUAUGAGAAGAAAUCCGGCUCCCCGGCAGUAGAAGACCUCCAGAUUCUCACAAAGAUCCUCCACGCCAUGAGGGACGACAGUGAGAAGGUACCCGCUCUGCUAACAGACUACAUUCUCAAAGCUCUGGUAUGAGAGCAGUGGAAACUUGAGUGCUUUGUCCCACGUAGAGCCAAAGGCAAGGCUCCUGUUUCCAGAAUCAGUCGUCGGACCAUCAGAAGAAAGUUCUGGUAAUCUGGAAGAACCCAGACAAUGGAUUCAAAAAUCUUCCUUCCUCCUCAAUUUUCAACAUAGACUUUCUUUCCUUGUGGCUUUUUUUUUUUACUCUGCCACUGUUGUUGUUCCUAAGAUUUUAACUCUAGCUAUAACUCCUCGGUCUGUAUAGUUCUUUUCAUAUGUAAUGUUUUAACUUUUUAAUGCCUGAGUGCUACAACCCUGUAUAUCCUGACUGCAUGAUAACUCGUCUAUGGAUGCCAAUAAUCAGUAUUAGUCCGAACACCUCACUUCCUGAUUGGCUCUCGAAUGGAGAAGGGUCAGGUGUGGUUUUUUUUUAAUUCCACAGGCUUUAUCAGCAGCAGGCCUGUGAGAGAGACGCAGUCUGUUUUGUAAAUCGAAUGCAUUUGCAUCCGUGUAGUUCAUGCCUGACGGGGAAAACAAAUCCUGGCAGAAUCUGUGAAUAUCUAAGUGCCAGGCUGGUUGUGGUGUCGAGCGUAAAUCCUGUUUUUCCUGUAUGGAAACCUUCGCUUUAACGGCAUUAGUUGAAUGAUUGCGUUUAAUGUCUCGGGGUUGAUAACUCUGCUUGCUAAGGAUCAAAGAGCAAACCCUUUAAUUUUAAAAUCCAAAAUCAAGAUCCACCCGUCUCUGCAUGUUGAUUUUGGGUUUAUGCUCGGUUUUGGCUGUUAGAUGAAUGUUCAGAAUGAAAUAUUUUGUAUACGAUUAAGAGAAAUUGCACAGUUUGGGGAACUUUUUACUUUUUGAAAAAGGGAAAAGAAAACAUGAAACGACUUGAGAAAGUACACGCUGGAUGAACAAACAUGUAAAGCAUAUUUUUGGAGAUGGAAUAGUUUUUAGUGACAUUAGAAACUUGCCAGUAGCCACCUUUUUGUGACCACGUUGCUACACCAUUUUGUAAAUGCUGUCCAUUGACCUCUGAGCCCUCGAGUAGUGACCGCCACCCCCAACAACUUUAUCACGUCCCCAGGAGUCGUCAUUACAUGAGUCUGAAAAUACCUCGUAUAACAUUAUUGCAUUAAUAGAAAAUGACGGAACUGGUCGUAUCAUUAAGAUAAAUAGUGUAGAUUGAGAUUAUGUUAGCUUUAAUAAAUGUGUAGUUAAGCUUCUGUUAUAACCUGUGGGGUUUUAUCUAUCUGUUAACCCUUUAACUGUUGUGUAAAGUUUGUGGUAGUGCUUUAGUCUGUCAGUGAUCUGGUCAUGUAGUAGAGGAAUAUGUGGUGGAUGUACUUAAGACUACAUCCCAUUAGAUUAGUGUUAGAUGAUGCUUAGAAGCUUUAGCUAGUGGUGCCAAAACACGUCAACAUGAGGAUUUGUUGUCAUCCAUCUAUUUACCUUAUGAGACAUAUGAGAACUUAAACAACCUUAAAGGGGUGCUCCACUGAUUUUACACAUCUCAAUUUAGACGUCAUACAGAGGACUACUCAACUACUCAGCCCUGCAAUAUUAUGUUUUGUGACACUGAAUGGAUUCUCUUAAAGCAUUGUAUCAAUUUUUACUUAACAAUUUACGUGCAGAGAGUUGCGGCAGUGGUUCAUUUUUAUGUUCUGAUCUUCAACGAUUUGACUCUUAUAUUUCAACGUAACAAUGUAGCACUUGUGUAAAAACAAAUAACGGGCCAGUGAAACAGGCAGCAUCAUAAAGGACGCACUGCAAGCUCCUAAAAUUAGAUUUUAAAAAAACUCGUGUACCGCCCAUAGCAAUAUGUUGAAUCGUUUAACGGUUAAAGGUAGAGAAUGUUUUUGACAGGUUAUGCAUUUCAGUAUAUAGUUUAAUUUAGCAGUUUUUCAGUUUACUUUCUUGUGCUCCACCCAGGACUGUUGGUAGCUAGCUAGUGGGGCAGCUCAUUUGACGAUUACUGCAAAUAAUGCCUGUCUGACCCAAGAGCGUUACUGUGGAAACAUUGCACCCACCCUUCAGUUUCCCCCAACGUCGCCCUGUUGAUUAACAACAGUACAUUGUUAACUAUGUUAUCACUGUUAGCUCCGUUAGCACCAUUAGCUGUGUUAGCAUAGCUAGUGGUGCUAGCUUAGUUAACAAUGCUAAAGGAGGUUUGCAGCUCAAAAAGAAGCCACUUAUUCACCAGAGUGACCUGGGAGGAGACCAAAGGGUGGCAACCAUGUUUCUGCAGCAGUGCACAGGAUAGCGUUACCAGCGGUGCCACUAGCUAGCUCCCACCAGGCCCAGGUUAUGCCCAGUUCGGUGCAGCCAUGGCUAGCUAACAGUAGAGACCAAACGGUCGGUAGUGGGCACUGUGUUUCUACAUGUUAAUGCAGCUAGCCAGCUGUCAGUCAACAAAGCCAAAAGAAAAGAAAAGGCAAAACAUUUAUAAAACAAAACAUUUCUCCACCUCUAAAUGGAUAGCACUUGUGGCCCUAACCCUCUCUGAGUCAAUGGAGUGCUGGACUAAAAGUAAAGGUCUUUUGUAUUUCAAGUUUUUAUCUUAAUUGGCUAGUUACUGAUUACUGGGUGUCAGGCUAAAGCAAAAUUAACGAGAACCGACUUCCAUACCUUGUAUCAUAUCAUAUGUAUUUUAUCACCAGAUUUAUUGUGAAUACACUCCUAAAACAGUUGUUUAAUGUCGUCUGUAGUUCCGGAGAGAUUUUGUCAAAGAUGAGGAAGUAACCCUAAUGACAUCACAGGGGUCAUCUUGGCCUGACUACAAAUUUAUAGCAGAAAGCUUAUGUUACAAACUCAAGGCAUUGAAUUUAAAAGAUGUGUUUAUUCACCCAAAUGAAAAUACUCUAUUGAGUUGCAUUAUGGGAAUUGUAGGACCCAGUGUUUUUGGAGCUAAAACUCAGGUAGCUCAGCCUGUUGGUUUUUUUUUUUUAAUGUGUCCUUUGCAAGUCUCCCAACACAUCAUUGCAAUGCAAUAUUAAAUCACUGUAGCACCCCUUUAAAACAGCGUAUCACCAAUCUAACACUGCAUAUCUGUUGGUACACUGAUGUUCAGAUCACCAGCGACUACAGGUGCACCACACACUGUCGGAUCAGGUCUAGUCUAGCUCUCAGGUACGAUGUUUCAAAAUCUCUUUCUGAAAGGUACUGACAUUCCUGAGUCUUUGUAUGUUUCUGGAAACUUUUUAUCAGCUAGACUCGCUGCACUUUUCACAAAUUUCUCUAAAUACCUUGACGAACCAGUGGAGGUCAUCACGGCAGCCUCUUGUACUAAACCAGGGUAGCAUUACAGAUGUUGAUUACGCCAUGAUUUGUUGAAACACAAGUUAAUGCUUUAAGGCUUAGACUCCACUUAGUAGUAACAGUAGUAGGUGUAGCUAGCAGUUAAACAGCACAGUAGCAUCCGCUUGGUGUAGCAGUCUAGUGACGAUAGCGUAGAUGCAGUUGUAACAUCCAGCGACAAACUUUAAUGUGAGAAGGUGAAACUUGUACGAAGGAAUUUAAUUUCACGGGUUAAACAUUUUAAGCAUGUUUUUGGUGCAUGUGGCCAGAAGAAAAGGGCAUGGGAAGAUGGCAAGGGGUGUGAUAAAGUUAACGGAUGUUGGGGAAGAUUGCACAAAGUUUCUUAAAUUUAAGGGGUCUGUUUUAUUCUUUUGUAAAGGAAGACAGAAGCUUGUAGUGCUAUAUUUAACUAUUUAUAUGUAACUAUUGUUUCUACUGUUGCCAGCUUGCAAACAUUCACAAUCUAGCAUGUGCUACAUGCACUUUACUGCUGCAAACAUUUCUAAUAAUGAUCAAUUUGUUUACAGACGUAUAAAUAUCACACUAAAGGGACAAGUGCAUGCCGCAGUGGAAUGCAGAAGAACUUAAAUAAGCAUUAAAUUAACCUGUUAAGAAGUUAUCAAAAAGGGUUAAACAUCAAAUGGCUUGUGGCCAUUUAAAGGGAAAAAAAUCCUAAAUUGAUCCUAAUCUUACAAAAGCUUAAAUAAAAUCUGUUUAGUUUUAUAAUGAAAUGGCAGUCAGCAUGGAAGGAUUCGGAUCUCGUCUCAGGCCAGAGCUCCUCAUCUGGUCUCUCGUUAGCAGACAUAUCAGUGUAACUACAAUUUAGAGAUUUAUAUUUAUACACAUACAACAAGACAAGCAACAGAAGAAGAGGCUGCCUUUGUAAAUGCCUGAAAAUUUUUGUACAUUAAACCGACUCCUUUUUGUUUUUAAUGCGAUAUAAUUCCCCAGUGUGGGGUUUUAUGUUUACUGUCUCAUGUGGUACUGCAGUAUAUUAAUUUAUUAUGUAAAUGUUCAGUUUUGUAACCAUAUUAUUGACUGUCAUGGUACAAGUGUUUGUGCCCACAUUGCAUUGCAACUCAUUUCAAAUAAAUUAAUAUGUGAAGACUUUUA